AUGGCGGUCGCGCCUCUCCUGCUCGUCGUGUUGCAGCUGGCGGGCGCCGCCUCAGCCGCCGCCCUGCCCGUAGUCAUCAACACCUGGGCGUUUAGGAAGGCCGCAGAGACAGCUUGGAGAGUAUUACAAUCGGGAGGUUCCGAGCUGGAUGCGGUUGAGAGAGGCUGUGGUCAGUGUGAGAUUGACCAAUGUGAUGGGAGCGUGGGAUAUGGAGGAAGCCCAGAUGAAAGUGGAGAAACAACACUGGAUGCAAUGAUUAUGGAUGGCAACUCUAUGGAAGUUGGGGCAGUUGCAGAUCUCAGGCACAUAAAAAAUGCCAUUGGUGUAGCACGAAAGGUCAUUGAAUACACUAAACAUACAUUAUUAGUGGGAGAGUCAGCCUCCCUGUUUGCUGUAAGAAUGGGGUUUCCAUAUGAAGAUUUAACUACCCAAAAUUCUCUUUCGGAGUAUUCGAAGUGGCUCAAUGAAAGCUGUCAGCCAAACUACUGGAAGAAUGUGGUACCAGACUCUUCAAAAUCCUGUGGACCAUACAAACGGCCUGAAAAAGUAACUUAUAAAGAAGAACAGACCAUCUCACAAAGAAGCGUUCAUAAUCAUGAUACUAUUGGUAUGGUUGUAAUUGGUGGGAGCGGAACUGUUGCUUCUGGGACGUCUACUAAUGGUGCAGCCCACAAAAUUCCAGGCCGUGUAGGUGAUUCUCCAAUAGCUGGAGCAGGAUCCUAUGCGGAUAGUACAGCCGGAGGAGCUGCAGCCACUGGGGAUGGUGACAUCAUGAUGCGCUUCUUGCCCAGUUAUCAAGCUGUGGAGUAUAUGAGGAUGGGAACAGACCCAGCAGUUGCCUGUCAGAAAGUUAUUUCCAGAAUCCAGAAGUAUGCUCCAAAGUUCUUUGGUGCUGUUAUAUGUGCCAAUACAACUGGAAGUUAUGGUGCUGCAUGUAAUAAAAUUCCAGGAUUCACUCAGUUUCACUUCAUGGUUUCUAGCCCUUUGCUAAGCCAGCCAACUGAGCAAGUAGUAGAUUGCAUUUAAUUCUUUCUGUCCUAUUGAUGUCUAAACUAAGAGGAGGAAAGUGCUAAGGUUACCCAGGUGUUACUGGUUAAAAAGGUUGUUCACUUUCAUUGUUUCAUAACUAUGUGAACAAAUACAAAGGUAUGUUGAUG